AUGGCGUCAAUAGCGGCUGGGCUCGCCGCGGCGCUGCCGAAGCCCAAAUACAGCUCUGAACACGAAGAACCGCGCGCGACACAGCGUGGCCCGCGCAUCGUCUCUGCCGACCAGAUCGAUGAAACCCAGAUCGUCAUUCGUCGUACCGGUCCUCCUCCGUAUCCUAAUCGCGCCGGCUGGCGGCCGCGCGCCCCCGAAGAUUUCGGCGACGGCGGCGCUUUCCCCGAGAUUCCGGUCGCCCAGUACCCCUGGGGCAAGAAUGAUUCCUCGUCCAAAUCGAACGCCCUAGUCGUCCAGGUUGAUUCUGAAGGCAAGGUCGACUACACUGCCAUUGCUCGCCAGGGACAUAGCAGCGAUCGCAUCAUCCAUGCGUCCUUCAAGGACCUUAUCCCACUGCGCCAGCGUGCCGAGGCUGGCCAGAUCGAUUUGUCACGCCCCAGCAAGGAGGAGGUUGAAGCUACCGCCGAGCGCACCAAGAAUGCUCUCGCCGCCCUUGUCAGCGGCGCCCUAGCCGCUCAGAAGCCCAAGAAUGUCCAGGUCAACACGAAGCGCGAGGCUACUUUCGUCAAGUACACGCCCUCUGCCCAGAUGGGCAACAACACCAAGAAGCAAGAAAGGAUUAUCAAGAUCGUUGAGCGGCAGCGGGAUCCGAUGGAGCCGCCCAAGUUCAAACACAAGAAGAUUCCUAGGGGACCACCAUCGCCUCCUCCACCGGUCAUGCACUCUCCUCCCAGGAAACUCACUGCUGAAGAUCAAGAGGCAUGGCGUAUCCCCCCACCUGUAUCGAUGUGGAAAAACCCCAAGGGUUUCACCAUCCCCUUGGACAAGCGUCUGGCUGCCGACGGCCGCCAGCUGCAGGAAGUCCAGAUCAACGACAAGUUUGCCCAGUUUUCUGAAGCGCUGUUCAUGGCCGACCGUCACGCUCGCGAAGAGGUGCGCCAGCGUGCCAUGAUGCAGCAGCGUCUUGCCGAGAAGGAGCGCCAGCAGAAAGAAGAGCAUCUCCGCCAGCUCGCUCAACAGGCUCGCGCCGAGCGCGCUGCAGCAGCCGCUAGUGGUCGGAGACGCUCCACGCGUUCGCGGUCCGGUUCCUACAGCGGCUCAGAGUCCGGCUCCGAAACCGAUGAAUCCGAGCGCGAGAGGCGCCGUGCCCGUCGUGAGAAACUCAAGGAGGAGGAGCGCAAGCUUCGGCAGUCCCGUAUGGGCGCCGAGCGUCGUGCCCAGGUUCUCGCCCGAGAGAUGGAUCGCGAUAUUUCCGAGAAGAUUGCUCUCGGUAUCGCUAAGCCGACCAUGUCCGGCGAGAGCAUGUACGACUCGCGUCUGUUCAACCAGUCCUCUGGCUUUGGCGCUACAAUCAACGAAGACAACCCCUAUGACAAGCCUCUUUUCGCAGCCCAGGAGGCUAUCAGCAGUAUUUACCGCCCGCGUACCAAUGCCGAGUAUGAAGAUGACGAAGAGGCGGGUGAGAAAGAGAUGGAGCGCAUCCGGAAAGGCAAUCGCUUUGGCGAGGCCCUCGGUAGGGGAACCUUCAAAGGCACCGAGGAUGCCCAGCCCAGGGAGGGGCCCGUGCAGUUUGAAAAAGACACAGAGACGGCAGAUCCAUUUAAUGUGGACAAGUUUUUGUCAGAAGUGCAAAAGGGGUCAAAUAGUGGUGGUGGAAAGCGAGGGUAUGGCCUGCAGGAUGAGGACUCGAGGCAGGCAAAGAGGAGCAGGGUUGAUGACGACGAAAAUGACGACUGA